AUGGCGAAUACCUUCGGAACCGGCACCGAAACCCAAACAACGGUCAAUGACGCCAUAAAAAAUUACAUCGCGACUGCCAAUAUUGGAAUAACGUAUAAUGAACGAACAAUCUGCACUUCUGGAGCUUUCUGUGAUCCUGAAACAACGACAUGUGCGGAAUACGACAACGGGCAAAGCGCUGCGUGUACCUGUAAUGCCGGGCUGUACUCCUCACAGACAACCAUCACCACCUGCAGAGAAUGUGAUUCUACUUGUACGGCAGCGGACGGGCGGCAAUGUAAGCAGGACGGAGACGGUAACAUCCCCAAGUGUGUCUGUCUACCCGACUACAAAACAACCACGGACGACAAAUGUACAAAAUGUGAUUUUGGAUAUUCUGGAGAUGAAUGCAAAGACAACUACCUGCUGAUCCUGGUCAUAGUCGGGGCCGUUCUCGGGGCCGCUGUGCUCAUCCUGCUGGGGGCCGUUAUUGGGGUGUCAUUGAGGUCCAAGAAAGGCAAGAGUGGCGAGCGGGCAGAACUGAUUGACGAUGACAAGCUGGAGGGAAGCAGAACGGCUCCGGGAACAUUGUUUCCAAAAGUCCAGAUAAAGAUGGAUCAGGGCCAAGUGAACCGAGCCUCCAAUGUCUAUGAGGAUGAUGAGCAGUACAGCCGCAGCAUCCCCCAACGGGAUUACGACGAGAACCCGUGGUAUGAGAUGGACAGGAAGGACAGGAACUACUAG